AUGCCGCAGCACUCGUCUCUGCCCCUGCAGAUCGCGAUUUACUUCAACCAGAUAUUCGCCAUAGUAUAUCUGGUCGUGGCGCUGGGAUUCCAGAUCUACAAAGGGUAUCGUCUGCCGUAUCCAUCGUCGGUUCUGGGUCUGGAGAUAUUUGGGCUAUUUGCACUCACGGGCCUGGAGCUGGCUCGGCUUUCGUUCGGAUCAAGGGGAAACAAAACCGAGGAGCCGAUUCCCCUGAUGGUGUUUCUCGGGAUGACGCCCGUGGCCAUGUGUGGUUUUUUGUUUUACUUUCUCUGGCAAGCCUAUGUACUUAUAUUCGAUGUGGCCCUCAACUCCGUCAUGCUCGCGUUCCUGGCUGUCGAAUUCUUUGUUGGCAUUUGGGAGGCCUCGAUUCUGAAUCAGCAGUAUCGCUGA